GAAGACAUGAAGAAUUGAUUCUACGAAACAAGCUGACAUGUUGAUAACAAGACGUAGAUAGAAAAGUGAAAUUAUCCACAUCCUCUUCACCACUGGUAUAUGGUUAUGGCAGCCAAAAAUUAAACAUCCCUACCACCACUCCGAUUGAUAAUGAAUGGAAAAUGAACAACUUCUCCUCAGGAUUCCAUUUCCCAGCCCAACAAAGAAUUUCAGAAGAAGAAAGAGAAAGCACAGAAGAAGAUAAGCUACAAGAAGAAGAAGGAAAAGGAUCAGAGUUCAACAAUUGUGACUGGGAUUUCAGUCUCUCAACAGUUGUGUCCUCCACUGCCUGCCGCGGCGCCGCGUCCAACACCCUUGGCGUAAUCGAGUUCGACCCAUCAAACACCGUCUUAGCCACCGGCGGAAUCGCCAGAAAAAUAAGAGGUUACAGCUUGAAAUCUCUCUUACCCAAUUAUGAUAAUCAAAUCUGUGGAAGUUCUAGUGAUAGUAUGGCGGAUUUGAUAGACCACGUCGAUGCAUGCGACUACACCAUUUGCACUCCCGCCAAGCUCAGCAGCCUCCGCUGGCGCCCCGGAUCCGACGGCCGGGUCCUGGCCUCCGGCGACUAUGAUGGCGUCGUCACGGAAUACGACCUCGAAACAAAACUACCCAUCUUCGAGCGCGACGAGCACGGCGGGCGCAGGGUCUGGAGCGUGGAUUAUUCGCAUUCCGAUCCGGUUCUCGGAGCGUCUGCCUCCGACGACGGGACCCUCCAGCUGUGGGACCCGCGCCACGAGGGCGGCAAUUGCGUGGCCAGUGUGCAGCCCAGCGACGCUCGAAAUCCGGUCUGUUGCGUGGAGUUUGAUCCCUUCGGCGGGGCCCUUCUGGCCGUUGGAUGCGCGGACCGGAAGGCCUACGGCUACGAUGUUCGGAAAAUGGUGAGCCCGGUUUCGGUCUUCGACGGACACAGGAAAACCGUGACGUACGUGCGGUUUCUUAACGGGCGUACGGUGGUAACAGCUGGCACGGACGGGUGUUUGAAGCUGUGGGACACGGAGGAUUCGCGGGCGAUUCGGACGUACAAGGGGCACGCCAAUAGUCGGAGCUUUGUGGGGUUAUCGGUGUGGAGAAAUGGGGAGCUAAUCGGGUGCGGGUCGGAAAAUAACCGGGUUUUCGUGUACGAUAAGAGGUGGGGCGAGCCCAUUUGGGUGCACGGGUUUGGGGAGGUGGGUGCAGGAAGUAGUAAUAGCGGUGGGUGCGGUGAGGACUUGGGCGCGUUUGUAAGUAGCGUGUGCUGGCGGCAAGUUGGUGAGGAGCAGUGCACGCUCGUGGCGGGUGGGUCGGAUGGGGUUUUGCAGGUUUUUUUGGGAAGGAGGAAGUCCAUUCUAGUCGGAUAAUUAUAAUUUGUUGAAAAUUCAAUUAAUUUAUUAUGAGUAAUGUUAAUGUUAUUCGUACUAUAUUUUUAUACUAUAUUUCUAUAUCAUCUUAGGUAGUAUCUGAUGUGAACAGCCACAUCAUUUGAAA